AUGAGAUCCCUCUCGAUUCCCAUCCUAUCAUACUUUCUAGAGCUCCUAGCACCGCCAUUAGACCGGCUGCCGGCACAGCAGAUCCCCGUCAAAAAUGCUCCGAUACCAUCAACGUGGGCACAAGACGACUCCGCCGCCGCCGCCGCCGCCGCCACAGACUUUUCCCUCCCGCGAGUGGCGGAGACGAAGGAGCUGGGCAUCGCCGAGGACGUCAUGCUGAACCGAGACUCGUGCAACUCGGCGCGCCUCGCCGACCGGACGCUGUGGACGUGCCGCGACACGCAGUGGGUCACGAGCAGCGGGCUGCCGCAGCUCGCCAUCAUCAGCAGCACGGCCAGCUGGACCGACGACGGCGAGCCGCUGCGCAUGUACGGCGACCAGGACGGCCGGGCCUUCUUCCCGCUGCUAGACGGCAACUGCAACGACGACCAGGCGGGCAUGUGCGGCGACGGCACGCGCUACUCCAUCUGGCCUGACAGCCCGCCGCUGGUGGUGGCGGACGAGCCGUCCAGCCCGGGGGUCGUGUCGGCCUACACGUGGAUCAAGCAGUUCCGCAUCGACGAGGAGCUGAAGCCCUCGGACCCGGAUCCGGCCUCGACGCUGUACCGGAUCGACUACGACGUCGCGCAGGGCGGCGGCGGCAGCAACAACAAGUCGGCGCUCCCGCGCGUGGCCGUGGUCAACGAGUCCUUCUACCCGGCCAGGGACGUGGCGUACGGCAACUACGGGCACGUGACGCGCGACGGCGUGGCGUACCUGUACGGCCAGACGUCCAACGGGCGCGUGACGCUGGCGCGGACGCGGGCGACGCGCGCCUCCGUCGAGGACCGUUCCACGUACGAGUACUUUACGCUGGGGCGCUGGACCGACGUCAAGCCGCCGUUCGAGGCCGUCGAGAAGACGAGCUGCUGCGAGGUCCCCAACGCGUCCGCCGGCGGCCAGGGCACCUACUUCUGGUCCGACAAGUGGAGGCGGUACGUCUGGGUCGGCCAGGCCGGGUACACCGUCUCGCCCGACUUUUACAUCACCACCGCCCCGGCCCCCGAGGGCCCCUGGGACAAGCCCGUCCUGUUCUACAAGGGCGUGGGCGGCAACUACUCGCUCAGCGCCUACAGCCUGCAGGCCCACCCGGGCGUGGUGCUGGGGGAUGCUGGCGGCGGCGGUGAUGGUGACUGGAAGGGCGAGGAGAUGGUCCUCUCGUACACCAGAAACGACGGCGUCUAUGGGGACCACGAGCAGCUUUUCAACAUCUACACAACUCCCGUGGUCAGGGUUAGAUGGGAAUAG